GGGAAAAAGAGUGAAAAGUGAAAAGUAGUGAGGAAAAAAGGACACGGUCUUAUCACAACCUCCUUUCGUCGUCGACGUCGUUUCUCGUCUGUCUCUCUCUUUUCCCGGAAAAACUGUGGAGAAUUUUCAGAAAUUUGUUUUAAACAAAAAUUUGUAUUUUUUUCUUUUCCUCGUCUCUCUCACUUUCUUCUUCCCCAUUUCAAUUGCAUUUAAGUUUUGCCCAGAUCCCUAGCUUUCUUACACAUAUCCCUAUCCGUUAAUUUUUCUAGACAUCGAAAUUAAUUGCAACAAGACGAAUUCUUUUUUUUUUUAAUCUAUUUAACUGAAGCCCCUAAAUUCUUUUUAUUUUAUUUAUGUCUCUCUCCUCUGAUUCCUGUCUGCUACGGUCACGUUUAAAGAAAUCAGCAAACCAUGGAUUCUUCUGUCUCUCUCUCUGUCACUCUCUCGCAUGCACGAGAGCUCUCUUGUACGUUUGAUCUUUUGUUUUUUUCCUCCCAUUUUCAUACUCUGACAACGACAAAUUACUAAGCUUUGGAUUCUUCAAAUUUUUCAAAACUCUGUUUUCUGGAAAUUUAUCCUCUCUCUCGCUGUUUUUCCGAUUUGAAAACCCAGAUUUCGGAUUUGUGGAGGAAUUGUUUACUUUUUCUCUCCCGAACAAGCGACGGACGGAGGAAAGAGAUGGUUUUUCCGUUGUCCGUACAGGAAGAAGCAUGAGACUUGAAACCGCGUUUGGAGUUGUGGAGACGACGAAGCAUUGUUAUCUUCUUAGAUGGGUUGCGGAGGAUCCAAGGUAGAUGAUCAACCGCUUGUGAUUCUCUGCAGAGAGAGGAAAGAACUGAUCAAAGCGGCGUCGCAUCAUCGCUGCGCUUUAGCCGCUGCUCAUCUCGCUUACUUUCAGUCCCUCUGCGACGUCGGCGAUUCCAUUAAGCGUUUCGUCGACGAGGAACUAGUCGUCGCCGGCUCCUCUUCCUCGCCUGACUCGCCCGUUCUUACGCUUCCGUCCGACGAAGGGAAGCCUCAUAAACGCAAGAUCUCGUCUUCUUCAACCUCUAUCUCGCAUUCUGCCGUUGAGGAAGAACAAGUAGAAGAAGAGGAUUCGCAUUCGCAUUUGCAUUUAUCAUCUGGAUCCGAGUUCGAUUCGGGAUCGGAAUCUGGAUCUGGCGAGCCUCUAGGUCAUAUCCACAUUGAAACCAGCCCUAAAGUGGAAAAGGAGGAAGUACCAUUACCGGAAACUUUCCCACGCGGUUAUCCACCCGGUUACCCGCCAACUUAUCCGACUGGUUUUGCACCGGGAUAUCAACCGGGAUAUCCACCGGGUUACUCGGGUGGGUAUCAGUAUCCGGCUGAAGGAUGGGGAUUUAUGGGAGAGAACCCGAAUCAAAACCCGAACCCGUAUCCGGGAAUGUAUUUCAUGAAGAAGUCCGCGCCACCAUCUCGACCGGUAGUAUUUCAACCGGAGAAUCAUCGAGUGGAGGACGGGCAAUGGCAGCCGGAGAAUGGAUCGGGAUACUCCAAUUAUUUUCCCGGAAACGCUAAUACUGGGUAUUUCGGAUACCCGGAACAACGCAGAGCACCACCUUCUCCGGCGAGGCCGCCUCCGUCUCCGCCUACGGUUUCCACUUGGGAUUUUUUGAAUGUUUUCGAUACUUACGAUUACAAUAGAGCCGGUGCCGGUGCUGGGUACACUACGGUCACUGGCGGAGCUAGGUCGAGUUCAAGCAGUCCUGACUCGAGGGAAGUGAGAGAAGCGGAAGGGAUUCCUGAAUUGGAAGAUGAAACAGAGCAGGAAGUGAUUGGGCAGGCAUUCAAACAUACGAAGAGGAAAGGCACUGAGAAGGAUAAAGAACACGUACAGGAGAACGAGCCCGGAAACUGGUCCCAACGAGAUGAGAUUGACGAGAGAAAAAUCAAGAAAAGAGGAGAUUCAGGUGAAGGAACAUCAAGGGCAGUGCCUGUGGCAGAGAGCUCAUUCGGUUCGAAGACAGUGUCAUCGUUUACGAGCAGCGAAGAAGGAUCCGAGUUUCACCAUGUUGAUGACGGAGAAGAAAAGAGUAGCAGCGGCAACGAUGUAAGUGGGCAUGAGACUGUUGCUGGGAAGAGCGUUGGAGAAGUAGAAGAAGAGUGCGUGAGGAAGAAAGGAGUGAGCUUUGAGUUGGAGGAAAACAUGGCGGCUUCUUUUGAUGUUGAGUCUUCCAAGAUAAGUAGCUUGUCUGCACUGUCGGUUCAUGCCACUAGAGAUCUCAGAGAAGUUGUGAAGGAGAUCAAGAGUGAGUUUGAGGUUGCUUCUUCACAUGGGAAGGAAGUGGCUGUGUUGCUUGAGGUCAGCAAGUUGCCAUAUCAGCAGAAAAGCUCUGGGCUCAAAGUUAUCUUUUCCCGGAUCAUGUAUCUGGUAGCACCAUCAACAGCGUCAUCACGCUCUCAGCCUCAACCGUCAAUACGAUUAACAUCUAGGAUACUGAAGAUUGCAAAAACAUACAAUGGUCAGGAUAUUAGAGAAGGCUUUAGUGGAAACCUCUCGUCGACUUUGGAGAAACUCUAUGCUUGGGAAAAGAAACUGUACAAGGAAGUCAAGGAUGAAGAGAAGCUUCGAGUUAUCUAUGAAGAAAAGUGCAGAACACUGAAAAAACUGGAUAGUCUUGGUGCAGAAUCUAGCAAGAUUGAUACUACUCGAGCAUCCAUUAGGAAGCUGCUGACCAAACUCGACGUCUGUAUAAGAUCAGUUGAUUCCAUUUCCAGCAGAAUACAUAAACUGAGAGACGAAGAACUGCAGCCGCAGCUCACUCAGUUGAUUCACGGGUUGAUAAGAAUGUGGAGAUCGAUGCUUAAGUGCCACCAGAAGCAGUUCCAGGCGAUCAUGGAGAGCAAGGUUCGAUCUCUCAGGGCAAACACAGGCUUACAAAAAGACUCCGGUCUGAAAGCGAUCCUCGAUCUGGAGAUGGAGCUGCGAGAAUGGUGUAUCAGCUUCAACGAUUGGGUCAAUACUCAGAAACUAUAUGUUGAGUCUCUAAAUGGAUGGCUCUCAAGAUGUCUUCACUAUGAACCUGAAUCAACAGAGGACGGGAUCGCACCUUUCUCUCCUAGCCGUGUCGGAGCUCCACAGGUUUUCGUUAUAUGCAAAGAUUGGCAAGAAGCGAUGGCGAGAAUCUCCGGAGAGAACGUCACAAAUGCGAUGCAAGGUUUCGCCUCGAGUCUGCAUGAGCUGUGGGAGAGACAAGACGAGGAGCAAAGGCAGAGAGUCAAAGCAGAGUAUGUCUCACAUGAUUUUGAGAAACGGUUGAAUGAUCUCCGGAUGGAGAGGGCGAGAGCGAGAAUGAGAAACGAGCAGCUACAAGACGGUGCGUCGGAGAAAAGCGUGGUCUUGUCCGAGAGCGGGAUCUCGGCGUUGGAUGACUUGAAGGUGGAUUUGGAUUCGAUGAGGAAGAAGCUAGAAGAAGAGAGAGCAAGGCACAAGGAAACCAUUAAACUUGUGAACAGUGCAGCCUCAAGCAGCUUACAAGCUGGUUUAGUGCCAAUCUUUGAGGCCUUGGGAAAUUUCACUUCACAAGUUGUGAAAGCUCAUGAACAUGUUAGGUUUCAACAACAGCAGCCUCAGUGUGAGGAGGGUUGAUUUUGCACGAAUUGAAAAUUUUGGUAAUCAAAUUAGAUUCGGUUUAGGAAAAUUGUUGUACAUAUUUUAAAUUUCAUAUAUAUUCAUUGAUUUGUUGGUUAUUAGUCUUAUAUAUAUAUCUUUUAAGGUCUCAAUC